AUGAAAACUUCUGCAAUGAGUAAUCGUAAGUCAAAGGGGAGCAGUGAAACGAAGGGAGAGUGCAUUUCACAGGUGCAAAAAAUUCUACGUGAGAGAUUCUGUCACCAUUAUGCUACUGGAAAACUGUUUGGGCUUGAACAUCAGCACAGACACCUGCUGGAACUGCUGAAACGAACUGCAGUGCAUGGAGAAAGUAAUUCUGCCCUCAUUAUUGGACCCCGAGGAUCAGGAAAGACUGCGUUAUUAAAUCAUGUCUUAAAAGAGCUUAUGGGAAUGAAACAACUUAGAGAGAACCUCUUGCAAGUUCAUCUGAAUGGGCUUCUUCAGACGAAUGAUAAAGUGGCCCUGAAGGAGAUCACCAGACAGUUGCACCUGGAAAACGUGGUGGGGGAUAAAGUUUUUGGCAGUUUUGCUGAAAAUCUUGCGUUCCUCCUUGAAGCUCUAAGGAAAGGAGACCGAACGAGCAGUUGUCCAGUUCUGUUCAUACUGGAUGAGUUCGACCUGUUUGUUCAUCACAAGAACCAGACGCUGCUCUAUAACCUCUUUGACAUAUCCCAGUCAGCACAGACUCCGGUGACGGUGGUUGGCCUUACGUGUAGGCAG